AUGAUCGCACCCAUCUAUGUGGCUGAGAUUUUGUCCGCCCAGAUCCGCAGCUCCGUCACGUCGCUGCCCGAGAUCUGCAUCAGCUUCAGCAUCCUGAUUCGGUACAUGGCCAACUACCUGCUAGCCAAGUUGCCGCUGGUCUAUGGCUGGCACACCAUGCUAGGGCUCGGCGCGCUGCCGAGCGCCAUGCUCACAGUCAGCGUGCUAGCGAUGCCGGAGUCGCCCUGGUGGCUCAUCAUGUAG